GCGAAAAAUCCGAUGGGAAAGGAGCGAAUGAUUGGCAAAUGACGACAAGGGCUGCACUCAAAUUGACCCGAAGAGCCUUCUGGGAACGCAAGAAGACGAGGAAAGCGCAGAUAUUUGGUUUCGAAAGUUUUGAGCUUGCGCCUGUCUGGAAGCACGGGUCACUCACUCACGUUGAGAUGAAUAAAGUCACCACCAUCCAUCCAUUCAUUCAUUCAUGCGUCCAGUCCAGCUAUGAAUACACAUGCACAGCGCAUUCUACACCAUCGAUCACCUGCACACAUGCAUGUGUAUGGCAGUGGUACGCGCGAGGGCCUUACUCCCAGUCCACCCAUCAAAACAAGCCCAAAGCGCACCCACAUGGGCACCCGACUCCACUGCCCGCCGGUAUCCCAUCUUGUGCGUGCCUUUCUGCCUGUCUGGAUGGCUGAGCCAUGCAGACAUGGUGAACAGACACGGCUGGGACCAACCACAAUCAUGACAUAUCCAUCCAUCCGUCCGUCCGUGUAGUUGCAUGGUUCAAAAAAGUCGGCAGGCAUCGAGUGAGUGGGUGAGUGAUUGCAUGUGUGAGAAAGUGGACAAAACACACACACACGAGCCGCAGCGCACACCACGCCACACCGACCCCCGCCGUCAGUCACCCGGGCCGGGUACCAAGCAUGGCAGCAGUCACCCGUGCGCAUGUGUUCGCCUACGUUCGUACGCACGCAUGACAGAGGGCGCACACACUCGACACACGACACACGACACGACACACCCAUGCAUGUCUGAAUGCAGGCCAAGUGAAGCCCUCUCUCGUCAUGAUACAUACAGUGGCUGGGCUGGCUGGCGUGCAUGUAAGCUGCCGCUGGCUGUACACCCACCCCACCUAUCCAUCCAUUCAUCCAUCCCAUCAAGUGACUGACAUCAGAAAGUGUAUCUCUCCACGCACAACUCAAUCAUCUCUCUCCAACCGCAUUACGGAAUGCCCGCCUGUGCAACCAGCGGGCAAAAAAUUACCCAGAGGCAGCGAGCGAGGCACCUAAGAGGGCGGCUGUCUGGCCGGCUCAUGUCGUGUCGAUCAGGCCGAGACCGAGACAGGCGUGGCUGCGCUGCCGUUGGCCAUGUGUGUGCCGUUGGGUGUGGGGGUGGGUGGGACGGGGGUGGAGCCGCUCGCGGUCUCCCAGAGGCUCUUCCACCGCAUCACAAAGUCGCCGAAACUCUCGCCCUUGGUGCGAUCCUUCGCAUACGUCCUGACACAAAUUUUUGAUUGGCACACACGUCCAUAGGUGUUUGGGGUCUCUCGUGUGUUGUGUUGUGUGUGGUUGGGUAACGUACUUGAGGAUGGGUGUGAGAAGCUGCAGGAUUUCUUCCUCGUUGACGCCCUCCCUGUAGACCUUGUUGAGCCGGUGGCCCUCGAAAUCACCGCCCAGCAGCAGGUUGUAGUAUCCUGGACUGCGGCCCACAAACGCUAUCUCCGCCAGAUACGGCCUGCACAUCGUCAGAUGACAACACACGUAUGCCGUGGCGGCCUGGCGCUCUGUGUGUGUGGAUGUGUCAUGGCAGGCAGGCAGGCUGACCUAGCGCAUCCGUUGGGGCAUCCUGUCAUCCUGAUGGUGAUCUCGUCCUGGUGCAGGCCGCACUCGUCCAUCACGCUGUCCAGCUUGGUCACCAAAUCAGGCAGAUACCUUCACACACAACACAUACGCACAGAUCUAUUGUGUUCUUCCUUGUUGCCUGUUUCUCCCUCGCCCCUCCCUCCUCCCUCUUUCACCUCUCUGCCUCAGCAAACGCCAGUGGGCAGGUCGGCAGGGCCACACACGCUACCGAAUUGAGCCGAAGAGCCGAGUGCCUGCAUGGGAGGUGAGGACGACAGCGCACAGUCACAUACAGAGAGAGAAACCUUGUCUGUCUGUCUGAUCAUCGCCCACCCACUCACCUGGAGUUGUCGACCCCGUACAUGUCCAGGAGCGCCUUGAUGGCGCCCUUGUCGGCGUCGCUGAUGUUGCUGAUGGUGAGGUUCUGGUUGCAAGUCAGCCUGAAGUUGCCCUUGUGGACGGAUGCCAGGUGGCGGAUGGCCGUCUUGAGCUUGUAGUCGGGCAGGUCGACCACCCGGCCGUGCUCGAUGAACAUGGUGUAGUGCCACUUGCCGUCGUCCGUCUUGGCCCAACCGUACGAGUCGCCACGAGUCUUGAACGAAAACGGCCUGCAAUGCAGACACACACAAAGGUAGGCAUCUUCUUCAGGUGGUGGUCAUCAACGAGUGUACCCUACCUGGCCUUCUCGAGUUUCCUUCCGAGCUCCUUCUCCACUUGUGUGCGGAACCAGUCGACGCCGUGGUCGUCAACCGUGUACUUGAGACGCGCAUGCUUCCUGAAUUAAUUCACACGCACACGCACACACGCGAUGGAUGCGAUGAAUGAGUCUGGCGCGGUCUCUCUCUACCCCUCCCCAUGUGGUCGCACCGCACACCACACCACACCACACCUGUUGGUUCUGUCACCGUGGUCCCUCUGCACGGCCAUGAUGGCGGCCAGUACGUGUUUGGCGUCGUCGGGUUUGCAGAAGCCCAUGACGUCGGCCGUCCGGGGGAAGGUGGCCGGGUCGUUGUUGGUCGCACCCAUACCGCCACCCACCGUCACCGUGAACCCCUGAGGCGAUGCGAUGCGACCAAAAACGGUAAAACGAAACGAAUGCAUGCCAUGGGGAUGGAUCCAUCGAUGUAGAUCUAUCUCUUCGUUCGUUCGGUGCUGGAAGAGCCAUCGUAUCGUGCGCAUCUCACCUGCAACUCGCCCUUCUCUAUAAUUGCGAUGAAGCCUACGCAGUGUGCAAACACAUCUGACACGACACACACCAAACACACCAAAGGAAGGCACAGCAGGAGACAGACCCAAAGAUACAUACGAUGGAUUGGGUAGGACCACAUGCAUCGCAUCCAACGCGCAGCGCACACAUGUCCGUCCGUCCGUACUCACCGACGUCGUUUACAGGCGGUAUGGCAACGGCGACUUUGAAUUUGCGUGGGAGGUAUGUCUUGCCGUACAGGGGCUCCUCCUCGACGGGCGUGUUGGCCGCCACCAGCUUGCUCGGCAGGCCCUCACCGCCGCCCUCGUCCAAGAAUAUCUCGUAGUACGCACUCGUCCUGACACAACACAACCAAGCCCAACCAAACACCAGACAGCCGUGUGCGUGAGUGUGCCGAAGCCAAGCCCCUCUCUCCAUCCCUCUCUCCCUCCCCUCUCUGCAUCUCUGCCUCUCUGCGUACCUCGGCAGCACGAAUUCCGAGAGUUCCUUGCUGAUGGCCUGGAUCUGGUAGUAUGUGUGUGCGGGGCAGACGCCGGGUGUGCUGGUGCAGAUGACGUUGCGGUUGACAUCUCCGCAGGCGGCGAUGCAGUCCAUGCAGGCCUUGGCCAUGCCCCGCACGACCGUCUUGAGGUUGCGCUUGAUGAUGCCGUGCAGCUGGAACGUCUGACGGGUCGUCACCUUGAGCGUCUCGUUGCCGUACUGCGAUGACAACUCAUCCAUCGCCUGCAGCACACAUGACAUGCGCACACCACAGGAGAAGCCGACACCAAUCCCAUCCACACAUCGUGGAGGUGCGUGUGUGGCGUCUGGAACGUACCAGCCACUGGUGUGGUUCGCAGAGUCCGCCUGGCAGCCUGACUCGCGCCAUGAAGGAGAAGGCCUUCUCAAUGCCCAGCUUGGCACGUUCGCUGCGCAUCUCCCGGUGGUCCUGCUGGUAGAUGCCUGACGGUCCGGUCCGUCAAGUCCGUCAACAUACACACACACACACACACACACACAAUCAUAAUCGUGUGUGCGUGCGUCUGGUCGGAAUGUUGUGUGGAUGACUGACCGUGGAAUUUGAUGACUUUUGUGUCUUCGUAUGGGAUGCAGCCAGUGGAGACGUCGUCGAGGGUGUCCUUGAGGGAGCCCCGCAGGUAGCGGCUGGCGAUCUUGAUCUCCUCGUCAGUCGGGUGCCUCGUGUCAACCGCCUCCUGCACACACACACACACACAGACAAGCAAACAGCCAAGGCACACCGGUGCAUUGCCACGAGUGUCUUCACUGCUUUAGUGGUGUGUACCUCACCUCCUGUUCGACGGCGCCGACUCUGUCGAGUCCGAGUGUCUUCCAGAACUCAGGCUCCCACUUGCCCCAACCGUCCUCGUACUUGUCAGUGUCCUGCACACACACCCACACCCACACCCACCCACCCACCCACACACACAGAGUGUCACGGGUGUGUGUGUGCCGUCAGGUCAGCAAGUCACGCAGGUCACUGACCUGGUCGUCUCCGAUGCCGCAUGGCAGCAGUCGGUGUGCGCCCAGGUGCUCCAAACGACUAUCCAAAUCACGACCCGCCUUGCAGAAAUACUGAGGGUCCGGCCUGCAGUGCACCACACACACCCACACCAAAAACGAUACCUCCUCAGAAUCCACCAGCCCGCCAGCCCACCCAUCUCCACAGUGUGGUGUGCUGUGCCUCGCUCACCAGUAGUGCCUGUCUCCGAGUGCGAAUACGGCGAAGCUAACCCCAUCGAGCGUGAAGCCCGGCUCGGUCUCGCACAGCCCCGUCCAGAGCUUCUUGGCGUUGCCCGGGAACUCCCCCUGCCCAGCCGUGCACACGACCGCCACCACGUUCUUCUCGCCCUUGAGCUGCGGCGGCUCCACCGUGUCCAUCGGCACACACCUGUUGUCCGCCCCCCUCGCCUUGGCCUCCUUGGCCAGUCGCUUGGCCAGCCCCUCGGCGUUGCCACCGUCCGACCCAUACACGAUCAGCAGCGGCACCUUCUGCGCCUCGGCCAGGCCACCCCGCAGCUUGGCCAGUGAGGCCUCGAGCAGUGGGUGGCCGGCGGGCAGCUUCUGGACGUACUUGUCCUUGAGAUCAGGGUGCGCCCUGAUGAGCAGGUUGAGCUGCGACUCGCGCUCCAGGAACUUGGACAUCCCCUCAGGCAGGCUGCCCGCAUCCACGCAGAACGGGUCGCGGCCCGCCGCCUCAGCAGAGGGGUCCCACCGGAAGCUCACGUCACCCCCGACCAGCACGAUGGACGGCCCGUCGUAGUCGGCCGCCUGGGUGAGUGCGCGUGUCAUCUGCAAGUCGGUAGCGUCUGAGGCGACGGCAGCGACGAAUGCGGUGCCGUACUCCAUGGCGAGGAGCGCGAGGUCCUGCCGAUAGGACGCCAGGUUGUCGGUGAUGAGCACAUUGAAGGUGGUGUCCUUGGCCGAGGCGACGGCCUGCACCGACGAGAGGGCCGCAUCUUCCGAGCGGCUGAUGACUGCCCAGUGGACGUGCUUGGACGUGGCCUUGCCCAGCACCGAUGCCGACACUCGGCCGCUGUAGGUGCGGAGCUUCGACGAGUCGAAGAGCCGCUUCAGAGACGCCACCGCGUUGCCGUGACUCAUGGCUGCUCUGCGAUGCCCUAAUACAUCCACGAGAGAGCGGAAGAGGCUGCACCGGAGGAAAGGAG